GAGAUACCCUGGCAGCUUACCAGGAACAGUCAGUUCCUUGUGAGGCACCAGAGCCAUUUCCCACAGCACUACCUGGCAGCAGCCAGGUUUCAGCACCUCCAUUUUGAGCAGCACAAGCUACCACUCCUUUCUGGAAGGAUCUGAACCCAUGGGGCCCACAGGCCAUGCCUGUCUGCACUCAGUGUAAAGAAUAAUUAUUCACAAAGUGAUCUUGUGUGACUUCACUGGAGGGCAGGAAACUGAGAAUAGUAGUAGAAUGGGAGUAUGGAUGCAUGCAUGCCACAGGUCCUACUGCUUUCUAGACUUACCCAAGAAAAGACACCUCUCAUUCAGCAGAGAUCUACAGAAAAUGUGGGUACAAGGAUUUCUGUGUUUGGUAAUGCAUAGAACACAUUUCCUCAUCCUUCCUAUUUCUGGGGUCAUUGGCUUCUGGAAGGAGUUACUUGCAGGGGAAGGUGUUGGCUUGGAGCAUGAUGAAAUACCCAGGCACUGAGGCCAUAAGACUCUCUGCUCUGAGUCUUGCAACCCUCUCAGUCUUGAUACCCAGAAAUGAUUGGAUCAGACAGCAUAAACUUUUCCACUAAAUCAAAUUAGAAGUAUUUCCUUUUGAUGAAACGUAAACUCAUAAACUUUAUACAUUGCCCAUCUUACUAUAAUAAUUAAGCAGAAUAACUGAAACAGGAGUUUCCCAAAAUCUUAUUUUUGUAAACCUCCUUGGAUUAGACUUUAGCUUUUGUGUAUUGUACUGUUACUCACCUUCCUGUCACUUAGACAAUCCAUCAGUUAGGCAAACUGUUUUUCAGGUUUGUUGUAAUUGCUGUAGUUGUAUUGCCUAACUUCACCUUUGUUCUUUGCUGUGGGAUUUUAAAUUGUGCUUUGUAAUUUCUGCUUCCUGUUCUUCAAACGGUUUAAAUGUACGUUUCCCUCUGAAGUAAAGAAUAUUUGUCUUAAGAGAGAAGCUGGUGUUUAGCAUUAAGUCAUGCUAUGCCUGACUCUGACAGGAAUUAAUAAAAUCCCAGCCUCCUCCAAAUUAAAAAUUAAGACUGGAUUUCUUACCAAUGUUCUGUGACCACUGUAUUUGAUCUGUCAGAUGCAUUAAAAUCCAUACAUCCCUUUGAUUGCUUGAUAUGUUGACUUGACAUCAUCUACUUGUGGUAUUUAUUUAUGAACUAGAUAAUAACAAACAAGGAUGUUAUCAUCACCUUUAGACAUCAAUCCACCAUAUGCCAAGCACUAGCUUACUACAUUUGCAUGAAAGUAAGAAGGAAUUGUAUUAGUUGAAUAGCAUGAUUGUGCAAAAAAGACAUGAAUGGAUCUCUUUUCUGUCUGAUCUCAGAUGGCUGGAUAAUAUUUUACUUGAUGAUCAUAAUUUUUGUUUGUUUAUGCUAUUUUCUAACUUCUCAAGAAGGCUUGAUGUGACUGGGAGGAGAACAUGCAGCCAUCUGUUUCAGUCAAGUCAAAAGCUGUCACAUUAGCUAUUGCUAAUGAUGAGGAAGGACAGGCAAAACACAAAACAUACACUUUUCUCUUAUUUAAGUUCAGUGGAGAUAUGCUUCUCUCUAAUUCAUAUUAAGAAACUUGCAAAAAUGUGCUUCUAACUUGCCUUUAAUUCUGCAAACCUGGAUCACUUUCUUUUAAGUAUAACUCAUGUAUUUUUUGCUGUUUGCUCGAGCCAAAGUUAUAGAAAGAAGAAGAAGGAACGGCCAGUGAACGUCCUGAGGAAUGCAAAGUAGAGCUGUGUGCUGCCUCUGAGGAUAUGAGUGAAUUUGUUUGCUACACUUUCCUAUGUGAAUCAAUAUUGAUCUCUACAAAUCAGCAUUCGGGUUUCCUGCCAAGCAAGAGAUUGUAUUUAACAUGAUGACACAAUGGCAUUCUUGCACACCCAGCUGAGCUAUGGGAAUGCUGCUGUCCCGUGACAGUUCUCAAUGCACUCAGACCUCUGAUUCUGCCUGAGAGUCAGUAACACUGGCUGAAAACAGGAGUUAGCUCAAACUGGCAAAUGUACAAUCAAAACAAGCUGCAAAGCGUGGGUAACCCCUACAAGCUGAUAUCCUACUGCAGAGCUAGUGAUCUGACUGAGCGGUACACAUCACAGCAGCACCGAAAUGAAACUAAGUUUGUAAUGGGCAGACAAAUGAGCUACUUGUCAUCCUGUAGUAUGUGUUUGGAGACCUCAGUGGCAAGUUGAGAUGAUAUUGUUAACCUUAAGCUCUUCUUGAUACCUUGAUGAAGAAACUGUGGGACACCAACAGCGCUGUACAGCAGAUGGCAGUGAGAGGUCUGGGGAGUGUGGUCAGUGGAGCACCUGAGAAGGUGAAACUGACUUUCUUCUGCUGCCCCCAGGUGAAAAGAUGCUGGCAAAAGGCUGUGCAUGACUGAAAAGAGACUGAGCAGAUUCAGAAAAAUAAAUACUGUUUUUUGCUAAAAUCUGGUCUCUGAAAUCAGUGCAGAUACAGAGGAAAAAUGCACACACAAAAAAUGGAUUCUUGGCCCAAUAUCUGUUCUGGAAUUGUUUCUAAAAAACAUUAACCCUUGGAAGAAAUGGUAAAAAAAAAGAAAAAAAGAAAAAAAGAAAGGGAGAGACAUUAACAGUGAGAAGUUCUUGAGUGACCUACACUUCAUCACUGAGAAAGCACAAGGAAGCUGCUUCUCACAAAGGACAUGAAGGAUGUUGUUUCUUCAGAGAUUACCAGUGACAGCAUAUUGGCACCAUCUAAAGAGGGUUCAGGAGGUGGGAUCCACCUUCAGAGAUACUGUCAAGUUCACCAACAUGUUUUCUUGAUGCUGUAAAUGAACAGUAUUGUGAACCCUGUUCUAGCACUCUUGCCAGAGGAUGCUCAGCAACGUCAGGAGCAGCUAGUUGGCCACACCCUGAUCUUACUGCAGAUCCUGCAGAGAAAGCCAGGUCAAAAUUUGUGAGAAAAAAAAUAGAUCAGUUGCUAAAACUUAGCUCUUUGUUUUGUUUUGUUGUUAUCUAAAGGCCAAGGCUAGCAGCUGUCUCUUAGCAGACUGCUGUGGUGCUGCUCCCUCUCCCAGUUUUUCUGCAGGGAGCACAGCUCUCUUUGCAGUGACCUGCAAUCACCUUCAGUACUUCUCCUAGUGCUUUCACUUGGAGAAGGUCAGUACAGUCCCAGUUAUUGGGCAUAUCUGUCCCUGGGCUCCCUAUGUGCUGGGUGUGCACCAGUCUGAUUCUUGCAGCUGUGACAGUCUGGUGCAAAAGGUACUUUUCAGCAUGGAAAAAUUAGCAGACAAUGUCUUCGAUCUCCAGUAUUUCUUAACAUUUAUUAAUAUUUAAACAAUGAUAUUUAUAUUUAUAGAAGUGAUUUAUGGCCUUGUAAAUGGAACAUUUUGCUGUAAUGGACAGAAGAUGAGCUGUUAGCAUUUUCUAAAAGGAAGAAAAGGGCCAAGUGAGACAGCACAUGUAAAAGAAGAGAGAGAAGGAACUCAAGGGUGCUCCUGCACAAUUAUGUACUUCUGCCAGCUCCACUGGCACAGCCAAGAGCUCUUCUCAAGGAGAAAUUUGGCCAUAAGCAGGAGACUAGGGACAUGAGUUGUCCUUCUACAAAGAGGGCUGCUUUCACCACAGAUAAAAUGAACCAGGUUUUUCACUGCCCCAUGCCAAUAUGUGUGUUCCCACACAACUCUUUCCAGACACAUUCUCGAGUGUGAGUGCAUUGCUGGUGCUCUCUGUACUGGAAGGGCUGAGCUCCCGUCUAAGGCUGAGUGAUCCUUACUCUGCAGUGCUAAUGCAGCCUCAUCACUGUGCUGGCAGAAGACCUUCAUGAGAAAGCGACCACAGAAAUCCAGUAGGAAGCUUACUGCUCUCCAGCAAAACUUUCCUGCUCAGGCUCCUAGCCCGUAUAAAUUCAAACGUGGAAUAAACACUGUGCAGUAACCCCAGCUACCUCCACUACAGAGUAGUUAAGAAUCACGGCAGCUCCCCACAGUGUUAAAUGGACAAAACAGUCACCAUUGCUGUACUGGGGAAUUUAACAUGACCCAGACUAAGCUAAUGCACAAUGCUGCCUUCUACAGCACCCAGGGGUUCUCCUCUCUACAGGAACAGGGAAACUCCCAAUAACUGGAAACAUCAAGGCAUCAACAUCGUGGCAUCAAGGCUGUUUGAGCAAUGACGAGUCUGCCAUGAGCAUACCUGCUUUAGUCAGCCGUGUGGAGAAGACUGUUGGCAGCUAGAACCCAGCUAACUGUGACACUUUCAGUGCCAGCAGCAAAAGUGAGGUUUCUACAGGCUAAAACAUGUUAUAAGUUAAUGUCACAGAGAUCUCUGACAGCUGGCAGCCAGAGGAGAGUGCCUGUCUCCACCUCCUGCCUUCCUUAUUGCUGUGCCUGCCCCUGUUCCCACCUCCCAGCAGUGCUCGCAAGGCAUCGCUUUCCGCUUGCCUUCCCUUGCAGCUGGUAACCAGACAGCUUUGGGUGAAGCAUUUCCAGCUGCUGACCUGUGUUCCCAAGCUCUAACAUCAGUCUGUCUCAACACUGGUUUUGAAACCAAGGUACGGAAACGUUUUGUCCGAGUCUACCCAGUUUUGGAGGCAUAGACGGAUAAACAGCAUUCACACAAAUGUUUCACUACAGUUUUGCUCACAGAUGUGUGAGCAAGGUUUCUUGGGUGCUUCCCCAUGCCAGCAGGCACCCAUCUUUUGUGCUUACGCUCUUACACUGGUUUAUGGGAACUGUUGAUCACAGCCCGAACCUCUGAUUGACCACCUGAGGCAAGCAAUGAGUCAGCCACAGGAGCACAGGUAAAGGCAAUUCACCUGUAUGACAGGAAGAGGUGGAGCCCGACUCCCACUUAAGUGCUGACUGCUACUGAGGAAGGAUUUAUUUCUGGAGAUCACUACUUGCAGAGUUUAUUGUGAGCCUCCAACACCGGGGGAUAUUCAAGCCAGGAUGGCCGUGAGCUAUGUGAGCAUUUCUCCAAACACAGCGUCUCCAGCCAACACGCUUCUGUAGUGCAAGUGCUUGGAUGAUAGCCAAGCCUCUCCGAGAUGAGUCCUGACAAGUGGGAUGCCAAACAUAUGCUGCAACUGCCGGUUGCUCACUGCAGUGCCAUGGCAUCAUGCAAAAUUCUUGAGUGCACAUCACACCAGCUGCACUUUUUCCCCUGAAGGAAGGAAGACUCCUUAUGGGCCUGGAGGCAGUCUACAUGCUGUUUCUUUAAUCUGACUUUCCUGUCAAAGGGACUGCAUCUGGGGCCAGGAUGUUUUCCAGGUGAGGCACGAACCCCAGCAGUACUCUGACUUUCUCCCAGGAAGAGGAAUCCUAAAGGACUUCAGAAUCAGAAAAGCGUUAGAUUUUGCCAUCCAGACACAAGCAGUUUCACGACAUGACUUUAGCGCUGUUGCUGCAGGACUCCCAGCAGCUCUGAUGCCAUUUCAGUGGCACGUCUCAGCCUGAAAUACUUCACUGCCACCGCUCCCUGUGCAAGUCUGGGCUGGAUUCAGAGGCAAGGAAAAUAGUUCUUUUUUUCCACAUUAAAGACUUUCUCUCUGUUGAUAGCAAUAAACAAUGGAAGAGAGAAGUCCUUCCUAUUACUCACAUUUUUCAAUAUUUGGAGCACUUACAUGAGAGUAAAUCACAGUUCACAAUUGCAAGCAGAGCAGCUGGGCCUGCACCCCUGUCCCUCCAGCCACAUCUCAUUGACCUGCUUGCCCUCACUCACAGCAACCCCUGCUCCUGUUGCUCUGCACCAGCUACAAAUAAGAUAUAUCCUCUUGGCUGGGUGCUGGCCCAAUACAGCAUGAUCAGGCCUUCUCCCAGGAAGUUCUUCUCCCAGCACCACUGAGUUUGUCAUGCAAUCUCACUGUAGUAAAAGCACUUCUGCUUGAUAAGUGCUAUCCCACUAGGAAUAUUGACACUGGUUUGACCACACUUCGUCAGAGAUCUCUUUGCAAUACCCACACUUUUGCAAUGCCUAUGCCUUAGCCCACGUCUCCCCUCACGCUACAAAACGACUCAAAGUUCAGCACCGUUUUGUCUCAUUGCUAAACACAUGCUAGGCUUUGUGCUUGUGUUUGUCCAGCUGCUUCUACCCUGGGGCAAGGCUCCAGCCAACUUCACAGCAUUAUUUUGCAUCCACUGCCAGUUUUCCUUUGUUCUGGCAGAUCAGCUCAGCCAUUGCAAUUGUCAGUCCUUUCUCCAUCGCCUCUGAUUUUCCAGCAUCCUCUUCCAGCUGACUGGAAGCCGAGAGAAAAUUGUCUCCCCCUCUUCUCACACCCUAGGAUGCCUCUUUGGAAGCUACUGCCAGAUGCUCCCCAUCCUCCUCAGUGAAGGUUGCAGACUUCCAGGCACUGCCACCUGUGAGAGGACAGGUCUAUAGCAAAGGAGGUGUCCUGUCCCACUUCCCAUACCCUGCCUGUAGCAGCAGCACAGAUUCAGGAUCUGAUCCUAUUCUCUCUCAACCUGCCAGCAUUUCAGGGCUGACCAAAGCCAAGAGCCUUAAGUCUGGACAAACCAUUUACAGGGAAUUAAAGUAAGAUGAGAAGGAAGCCCUUCCAGGAGUUGGACUCGAUGAGCCUUUUGAGUCCCUUCCAGGAGCUGGAUUUGAUGAGCUUUAUGGGUCCCUUCCAGCUCUGGAUAUUCUAUGAUUCCCCUAAACCCACAGGAAGCAGCCCCUCGGCAUGAUGCCCCAUUAGGAAGGUGUCCCCUAGCCGUGCAAUGAUGAGCCCAAGCAGCUCCCCAUGCCACCCCUCCCAAGGGCCCCGGCGCACGUCUAACCAUGCGUUGAGCUCUGCCAAGGAGAUCAGUGCCAAACCUGAAUUACCAGCCCCAAGAAGAGCUGUGGAUCUCAGAAGCUCCUGUGAUUUGCGUCAGGUUUUUCAGGCCUCCGCCUGUCACACACACGCAAGUACUUAAGCAGUCACCUGAGGACCUGUGGGGUGUUUCUUUUACACGCUUUUGGUCCCUAUCAGCUCUAGUGCCUGACCCCACCAUCCAGGAGAAAUGGCCACAGAGAAGUCAGUGACUCCUACUGAGGAGCAGCUAGAGAUCCUGGAGUACAAUUUUUGCAAGGUGAACAAGCAUCCUGAUCCCACCACGCUGUGCCUCAUUGCAGCAGAGACCGGGCUUUCUGAAGAGCAGACCCUGAAAUGGUUCAAGCAGCGCCUGGCAGAAUGGAGGAAGUCUGAAGGGCUGCCCUCAGAAUGUGGGUCUGUCAGGGACUAGAGGAUGCUGCUCCUGGCCCCAUCCAUGCUGUAAACAAUGGUGAAGAUCUUCAAAGUGGGUUUACUUGGGGUUCUCCUGUCACAAAAGGUUUCAAGAUACAAAGCAAUACCCUGAUAUUUAACAUAAUUUUUAUUUAUAGAAGAUUAUAUAUAUAUAAUAUGUAUGUAUAUGUGUAUACAGCUUCUGAUGGCUGUGUAACUUGUCUAGCAAUUCCCAUUAAUAGCAGCUGCACAGGCCAGGAAAUCUCAUGCCCUUGUCCUGGACUCAUGGAAAAGCUGCCAUGAAACGUUCAAGCACAGGGGGGAGGAAUAGAGAUUUCUUUUCCCUAUUAUCCCAAGAGGCAAAGCAUGCACGCUAGCUUUAGUAUAUAGAGCAUCCAGAGAGGAGGGCAAUUGGAAAACUUGAUGUCUUGUUCUUGUGGUGUCUUGGUUAAUAUAAGGUGCCCGUGCCAGCUCUGGAUAUUGACAAGAUAAAAGCCUACAUCAUUAACAGACUGAGCCAAGAUCCCUUGAAUGUAUGUCUCACAUUUCUGUUAAAGAUAACCGAAGGGAGAGAACUGGUCUUUUCUUUGU